GUAUGUAUGUACUGUGUAUAUGUAUGUUCUAUGUACUGUUUGUUUAUCCACUUCAUUUAAAAUAGGAUUACUGAAUGUUGUAUGUACUGUAAGUUAAUCCAGUUCAGUUGGAUGUAAAACUAAAGUGGUUAGGGGCGGCAUGGCGUAGUGGGUAGAGCGGCCGUGCCAGAAACCUGAGGGUUGCAGGUUCGCUUCCCACCUAUUGACAUCCAAAUCGCUGCCGUGGUGUCCUUGGGCAGGACACUUCCCCCUUUGCCCCCGGUGCCACUCACACUGGUGAAUGAAUGAUGAAUGAAUGACAGGUGGUGGUCGGAGGGGCCGUAGGUGCAAACUGGCAGCCACGCUUCCGUCAGUCUACCCCAGGGCAGCUGAUGUAGCUUACCACCACCAUUGUGUGAAUGAAUGAUGGCUUCCCACUUCUCUGUGAGGGGAGCUGUGAGCAGCAGCGGUGGCCACGCUCAGGAAGCAUUUUGGUGAUGCAACCCCCAAUUCCAAGCCUUGAUGCUGAGUGCCAAGCAGGGAGGCAGCGGGGCCACAGCCGUGGUGCAAGCAGCGCUCUGUACCCCCAGACAGGAGCGGGUCGCCAUCAAGAGGAUCAACCUGGAGAAAUGCCAGACCAGCAUGGAUGAGUUACUGAAAGAAAUUCAAGCAAUGAGCCAGUGCAACCAUCCCAAUGUUGUUACAUAUUACACUUCUUUUGUUGUCAAGGAUGAACUGUGGUUAGUCAUGAAGCUCUUGAGCGGAGGCUCCAUGCUGGAUGUUAUCAAGCACACAAGCAAAGAGGAGGACGGAAAUCUGGAUGAGCCGAUCAUUGCGACCAUACUAAAAGAAGUCCUCGAGGGCCUGGACUACCUGCACAAAAAUGGACAGAUUCACCGGGACGUGAAAGCUGGGAAUAUUUUACUGGGAGAAGAUGGGUCAGUUCAGAUUGCAGAUUUUGGUGUAAGCUCAUUCCUAGCCACAGGGGGCGAUAUGACAAGAAACAAAGUUCGAAAGACCUUUGUGGGUACGCCAUGCUGGAUGGCACCAGAAGUGAUGGAACAGGUUCGAGGUUAUGAUUUUAAAGCGGACAUUUGGAGUUUUGGAAUAACAGCCAUAGAACUAGCAACAGGGUCUGCGCCAUAUCACCGCUACCCACCCAUGAAGGUCUUAAUGUUGACACUACAGAAUGAUCCACCCACUCUAGAGACUGGUAUUGAGGACAAGGAAAUGCUAAAAAAAUAUGGCAAAUCAUUUAGGAAGCUAAUAACUCUGUGCCUUCAGAAGGAACCUGCCAAAAGGCCCACAGCUGCAGAGCUCUUGAAAAGUAAAUUAUUUCAAAAGGCUAAGAACAGAGAAUAUCUGGUGGAAAAGCUUUUGUGCCGUGCACCAAAAAUCUCCCAGAGAGCCAAGAAGGUGAGGCGGGUCCCGGGCUCCAGUGGCCACCUGCACAAGACGGAGGAUGGAGACUGGGAAUGGAGCGAUGACGAGCUGGAGGAAGGCAGUGAGGAAGGCAAGGCGGCGGUGAACCAGGGCAGGUCUCGGCGGGUCAAGGAGGAGACCAAAGAUGAUGAGGAGAAGAUCAACUAUGUUCCUAUUGAUGGGUUAUCCAUCCAGCAUCCCCAGGUGGAGCCAUUUGGGGAUCGUUCAUACAGUCAAGGUGCUGUGAACAUGGUACUGCGACUAAGGAACUCCAAAAAGGAGCUGAACGACAUUCGCUUUGAAUUCACACCAGGACGAGACACUGCUGAGGGGGUUUCCCAAGAAUUAUUCUCUGCCGGUCUCGUCAACGGGCUGGAUGUUGGAACUGUGGCUGCUAACCUUCAGAAGAUCGUAGAUGACCCAACUACCUACAAAAUAUUGACCUUUAAGCUGGCAUCCUGCUGUGACGACACGGAGCUCCCAGACGAGGUGAAACUGAUGGGCUUUGCACAGCUGAGCCUCAGCUGAUGUUGGCUGGGUGACACAAGCUGAGGGUGGAGGAACACAAGCACCACCUCCUCUUCACCAUCGAGCCCAGGAGGUCCACAUGUACUCAGGAUGUGAAAGAAGGUGAUUCCAAUGUAGCUUUCAAUGUUUUAUUUAUUCUUUUUCUCCACAAAGCUCUUCAUUAUUUAUUGAGGGCCGUCAUUUUGUUGUUUAAUUUGACCUUUGACUGGCGCUCCUCCAACCUGCUGACUUUCUCUGCAAAGCACACUUGUCAAAAAAGACAAAGAAUGUUAUUCCACAAAGGAGUAUCAGGGUGACAUGGACAAGAAGAAACGACCCACUGCUGCCAAUAAAGUCUUAAUACUCCAAGAAUAUGGAGGAGACAAAAGUUGCAAAAUAAUUCUGUCAAAUGAGUGAAUGUCAAAAUGAAUACUAAUUUUAACGAUACCUAAAUCUUGUUUUUCUGCAAUAUUACACAACUUUAUUGUUGUAAAAUUUGUAUUUGAUCCUUUCUUAGCAAUGUUGCUUUAUUCUCCUAUCAUAUUUUAUUACUUUUUCACAUCAAAUGAUGACUUAAUGACGAGACUUUAUUUUUGUAAGCUGAGGACUUCCCAUGAAAAAGCAACUUAGUUGUCAUAGUGCAAUCAUGAGUUCUCAUACACGUUAUGACACCUUGUCAUUCUGUCUAAAUCUCUCAAAAUAUUUCCUGGUUUGGUGCAAGUUUUUCUUUUAAGUAGACAUCUGUUUUUCUUGUAAUAUCACUCGUUUUAUUACUUCAUGUGUUGCAAAUUCAUUUUUGUGCUAUUUUGAUAAAAGUCUUCCACAACAGUAUUACUCCGUUCUAGUAAAAGUACACAUUUUCUACUCAUUUAAAUUUUUUUAACAACCACGACUUGCUUGUUGGACCAGAAAAGCGCAAAAUGUUGAAUUCCAAACACGUUUAUUCUUCGACUAAUGUGAGCCACCAUUUCUGGUCAAAUAAGGACGUUGUCUUCUCGCAAUGUCAUAUUAUUUGUUUCCUUUCUCAAAAUGCUGCAGGCACUCAAAAUAUUGUACUUAUAUUAUUUAUCCUAAAUAUUCAAAUAUAUUUUCCGUGCAAAAUAAAAUAGUUUCUAUGUAAUAUUACAACAGUCAGUAUUUUUUCUAAUCACAUAAAUCACAUUUUUUGAAUUGGAUGAUUAUUACUUGCUUGCUUCAUUGAAAUGAACUGGAAUAAUACCUCAGUAUUUGGACACAAAUGCAAUUUUAUUGUCAGAAUGUUAUUUAGGAACAUUAUUUCAACGACUUGAAUGCACAACAUUUAUUUGCUGAAAACUUGGUAUCAGUGAUGCAUUGACCACUAUUUCACCUGUAUCGCCUUUCAUGCGACAAAGCAUCGUCAUUAAUAUGUUUGGUGAUUAAUGGCAGGAGUUAACUCUUCAUUUUUGAGAGUCCUAAAUACAACUUUUAUUUCUGUCCAAUAUUCAUGACAACCCUGCUACUUUCUUGCAACUCUUCCUCCACAUAUUCCUUUAUUCUUGUGAAUAGCAAUCUAAAGUUAUCUUCUUCUGGGAAGGCUAUUUAGUGCAAAGUAGCAGCCUGGUAGUCACUAAGACUUAGUCAGCAGCACAGUCCUUUGUGUCUUGAAGGUGUGGCCCUGGUACUGCUCGGUCUAGAAGGUUACUCCAUGCUGCUCACCACAGUGUUUGUUCAUGCUCAAGGUGCCUUGCUCAUCUUCCUGUGCCUCAGACAGUAUUGUCACUGCUCUGCCUGCUAGCCAACAUUGCAUCCUUACUUUAUUGCACUUUUGGGCUCAGAUGUCUGCAGCCAACAAGCAGGCGCCUUCGCCCUCCUAGACAACUUCCUGCUUUCCUGUGUCCCGUCUGUGAUGUUUGUUCAUUGUUCUGCGUUCCUAUUUCCACUGCUCUGACCUGCUACACCGUGCUCCUGAUUGGAUGAAAUCAUUCCGAAAAAGUGCAAUGGAAAUAGUGAUAAACCACACAAGUCUGCUGGCCAAAUGUGGAUGUCACAUAUUUGACCUCAUGAUGAAUUUCUUUAUUUUAUGAAAUAUAAAGUGUACGUCUGCCCCGUGUAACCCAGCGCUUUGUCAUAUGAGCAACAAAUAAAAGGAUUGCUGUUAAGAAAA